AUGAGGCCUACAACUGAGACAGUGGAUAGACUGGAUACUCGAGUGGCAGCACAUGCAUAUGCCAUUCGAGCCAGAGAGGAGCAGGAUGCACCUGAUGUCAUAGUUGGUACAUUUUCUCUCUUUGACUCAGUAGUACAUGCAUUGAUAGAGAGGGGUUUAAGGGUUGAAACCAUUGAACAGGGCAUCCUAGUUACUAACCUUUUAGGCCAUAGUGUGAUGGUGAACAAGGUCUAUAGGGGUUAUCCCUUGAGGAUUCAGGAGUAUGAGUUUUUAGCAGACCUUAUUGAGCUGCCUUUUCAUGAGUUUGAUGUGAUUUUGGGGAUCGAUUGGUUAUCACGUCACCAAGGUGGAUUGCCAUUUAAAAAGAAUCACAUUGAGGACUCUUGA